AGGCUGCAGCACAGAUUGGGAAAAUCUCCCAGCAUCCUCUUCCUGCAGAGGCAUCAGCUUCCAGCGUUGACUGUAGCUGCUGCCACUCUCACUGACAUUUCUUUCAAAUUCAGCAAUGGGGAGUGCCUGCGAUGCCAGCUGCUGGCUUGUGAACUUUUAUUCUCAUAUGCUUUUUGCUUGAUAACUCAUUAAUGAAACCUCAUGGAUGCUGAGAAGUGAAAUAGUCUGUUUUCUCUGUAUGCUUUUCUUCUGUCUUUUUGUUGUGCGGUGGAAAAAGAAGAGUGAAGGAAGAAGCAAUUAUUUUUGUAUAAGGAAUAUAUUUACUUACCUGAAGUUAAUCAAAUUAACCCUGGCAUCCAAAAUGGAUCUCAAGACUGCUCUGGAAGAAUGUUCAAUGGCACUGAAUUUAUUUCUAAACAAUAAGUUCUCUGAAGCCCUCGAAUUACUUCGUCCAUGGUCUAAAGAUAGUAUGUACCAUGCCCUUGGAUACAGCACUAUUUUAGUUAUGCAAGCUGCUAUGACGUUUGAACAACAGGAUAUACAAAUGGGAAUUUCUACAAUGAAAGAAGCUUUGCAAACCUGCCAAAGAUUCAGGAAAAGAAACACAGUGGUAGAGUCCUUGUCCAAUCUAGUUUCUAAACAGUCAGUGGAUCAGUUGAGUGAAGAGGAAAUGCAUGCUGAAAUCUGCUAUGCUGAAUGUUUACUGCAGAAAGCAGCUCUCACCUUUGUACAGGAUGAAAAUAUGAUCAACUUUAUCAAAGGCGGCCUCAAAAUUAGGACAAGUUAUCAAAUAUACAAAGAAUGUCAUCAGGUGCUACAGAUGACUCAGGGGAACAAAAGCAAAAAUGAAACUUAUCACCAGUUUGAAGGAGGAGUAAAACUUGGAAUCGGAGCAUUCAAUUUGAUGCUGUCACUUUUACCAGGAAGGAUCCUCCGACUUUUAGAAUUUAUUGGAUUUUCUGGCAAUAGGGAGUUAGGCCUCCAUCAACUACAGGAAGGUGCAUCUGGCAGCAGUUUGAGGGCCAUUCUGUGUACUUUCACCCUGCUAGUUUAUCAUACUUACGUCUCCUUAAUCCUUGGUACAGGGGACACCAACCUUGAGGAAGCAGACAGUCUCCUCGAACCCUACCUCCAGAAGUUUCCAAAUGGUUCCAUUAUUCUCUUUUAUGCUGCCAGAAUAGAUAUACUGAAAGGAAAUUUUGAAAAGGCACAGUUAACGUUCCAGGAAUGCAUAGCAGCCCAGCAAGAAUGGAAGCAGAUUCAUCAUCUCUGUUACUGGGAACUGAUGUGGUGCUACACAUUCCAGCAGAACUGGCUUCAAGCGUAUCGGUAUGCAGACCUGCUCAGCAAAGAGAACAGGUGGUCUAAGGCCAUAUAUGUAUUCCAGAAAGCAGCAAUUUUAUGUAUGCUUCCAGAGGAAGAUUUGAAAAGGACUGGUGAGGACAUUGUGUCUUUGUUCAGACAAGUGGAAGGUCUAAAACAGAGAAUUGCAGGAAAAUCUAUCCCAACUGAGAAGUUCGCAGUAAGGAAAGCUCGGCGCUAUGCAUGUUCUCAACCAGUGAAGUUGAUAUUACCUGCCUUGGAAAUGAUGUAUGUCUGGAAUGGCUUUGCAAUUGUGGGCAAAAGAGCAGACCUCACUGAAAAUUUAUUGGUAACAAUUGAAAAAGAAGAAACUGCUCUACAAAACGAAACUAACCACAGUGAAUACUACAUGGAUGACAUGUGUAUGUUGCAGCUACUGAAGGGUCUCUGCCUUAAACACUUGGGAAGACUCAUGCAAGCUGAAUUGUGUUUCAAUCAAGUAAUUCAAAGCGAGAAGCAAAUAAAAUAUGAUAGCUAUUUGGUGCCAUUCACCAUGUACGAACUGGGUCUUCUGUACAAACAACAGGAUGAGAGAGAAAAAGCAGUAAGAUACAUAGAAACUGCAAAGUAAAAACAACUACAAAGAAUACUCCAUGGAGUCCAGAUUGCACUUCAGGAUUCAUGCAGCACUUGACAGCUUGAAAGUGUCGCCUGCUUCAACACCUUGAAUGAGGAGGGAUGCUUUUCAUGCACACAAUGCAUACAACAGUCUACACAAUGUUUUUGCAAUCUUUUUUAAAUCUUUGAAAAGAAACAAUAAUGAUUAUUUUCUGUCAUCUCUGAUUUGAUGUAUGUCAUUCCUUUUGACUGUUCUUUUUCUGUAUGGCUCAUAUACUAUAUCUACUUGAUACUUUAAAAUAAUACCUUAUAUUUUGUUUGAUAAAAAUAAUUUAAUAUUUGACUUGAUGGGGGAUAUUUAAAAAACAGUUGAUGGUGCAAUAAAGUUUAAUUCAAACACUUUAUUUUUUAUAUGAAAACAGAUGCUGGCUAUGCAGUGGAACUUGUGAUAAUUUUAGCCUUUUGUGAAGGUUUGAUUUUCUGCAGUACACUUGAGACUUUUUUGCCUCUGGAACAACAAAGCAAUGGCAGCAGAUAACCUUCACCCAUAUUUGGCAUACCAUAUUCUGAAAUUUGUGUUCCAGAGGAAAAAA